CGAUAGUACAGAAAUUGCUCAGCUGUAAACGUUUAUACGUCAUAUUUUAAUAGCGCUUAUUUAUUAUAAAAUAACAAAUAAUUGUGUAAGUUUUGUAAAUUGCAGAUUAUUCUAGAAACUAUCUUUAAUAAUAGAUAAUGUCAUGUAACACAUGUCAAUCAAAAUUUUCAUUAUUUCUACGAGAGAAAGCUUGCCCUAACUGUGGCUUUUCAUAUUGUAGUAAGUGCCUGAAGUAUAAAUGUGAAGUUCCUAAAGUCGGAUUAAAGAAAGUCUGUGGUCCAUGUUUUAGUAAAAAAAUGGAUACAAAUACUGAAGAUAAUAAUUCAACGAAUCUACAUACAAUUAUGGAUCAAAAUAAUGAACCUCUAGCUCCUGUGGAUAUCACAAACAAAUUGGAUUCUUUGGAAAAUCCAGCAAAACCACCAAUAGUUAUGUACGCACAUGGAAAACAUUGGGACAAAUUGAAAAUUGGUUUAGAGCCAGCAGAUCAAGAAAUUGUUGAUCGCUUGAGAAAAUUGAAAGAUGAAGAUGGUAAAACUUCACCUCCUAGUGUUGAAGAUAUUAAACGAAGAUUGGCUUUGUUGAAAGAUCAAAAUCCUGACGUUUCUCAUAAACCAAUGAAUAUACACUAUGUUGAUAAUAGAAGCGACCAAGAGAAGACAGAUGAUUUAAUAAAAGAAUAUCUGACUAGAUUGGAACUAGCGGCACGUAAUGAUCCCAUUGCUGAAAUUCAGUCUCGACUUAAUUAUCUAAAAGAUCCUCAGCCGUCCACAUCUUCGUCGAGUAUUCAUAAUGCUUAUUAUGAUGAUGAGGAUGAAGCAUCGAUAACUAAGAGGAUAAUCAAAAAGGCUCUGGCGGAAGCUGCCUUGGAAAAGAAAUAUGGCGAUGUUGAUGAGAUAGAAGACAUGGAAGUUGAAACAGCACACAUGAGCACAGACGAUGAAGAUGAAGCUUGUGUGAUGUGUGAUCAAACUACAGAUUUAAUACGUUGUCAAGGAUGUCAUAAUGAUCUUUAUUGUACACUUUGCUUCGCAGACAAUCAUGAUGACUUUGAAUUGGGAAGUCACACGGUUGUUCCUUUUAAACCAAAAAAGAAGUCGAGCUAAAAGUAAAUAAUUUUUUAUUUUUUUAAAUUGUCAUUGGUACUUUUUAAAGGAUAAUUUUUUUUUUUAAACAAGAUUUUAUAUUUAUCUCAAGACAUAUAUAUUUAUAUAUAUUUCUUCAUUUGUACAGCUUUUAUAAACACUGCGAAUUAAUUGUGAUAUUAAUUAGAUAUUCGUUAAAAGGACCAAGAAAAAGAUGAUACAAGUUUUACUAAAAAUGCACUUAAUUUUUUUUUUUAAAUAGGUCAUCGCAGUGAUGACAAUUUUGUGUAGGAAAUAAAAUUAAAAUUGUGCUUAUAAA